CUGUCGUCUGCUGGUGGCCUUUCACCUGACAGCCAUAAAUCGGGCCGUGCGAGCGCGGCGGCCUGGCGACCUUUACCGGCGGGGACGGGAGGGCUGCGGGGGGCCGGUCAGAGCCGGGCCUGAGGCGGCCGCUGCGCGCCCGGGCCCUACGGAGCGCAGCCGCCCUCAGGGCAGCUCCGCAGAGGUGGAGAACGGCGUUGAAGUCACAGCGCCUUGGAAAUGAUUUCAUCAUUAGGAGGAAUUGUGGACUGGAAGGACAGUGAAAAAUGCCUAAAAAGAAGACUGGUGCUCGUAAGAAAGCUGAGAACCGUCGUGAACGUGAAAAGCAGAUAAGGGCUUCAAGAGCCAACAUAGAUUUAGCCAAACACCCUUGCAAUGCUUCAAUGGAAUGUGAUAAGUGCCAAAGACGACAGAAGAACAGAGCUUUUUGCUACUUCUGUAACUCUGUUCAAAAAUUACCUAUUUGCGCACAAUGUGGAAAAACCAAAUGCAUGAUGAAGUCUUCGGACUGUGUUAUAAAACAUGCUGGUGUGUACAGUACGGGACUAGCAAUGGUGGGUGCAAUCUGUGAUUUCUGUGAAGCUUGGGUGUGUCACGGGAGGAAGUGUCUCAGCACACACGCGUGUAUCUGCCCUCUUGCAGAUGCAGAAUGUGUUGAGUGCGAAAGAAGUGUCUGGGACCACGGAGGCAGAAUAUUUGCCUGCUCUUUUUGCCACGAUUUCCUCUGUGAAGAUGAUCAGUUUGAACAUCAAGCCAGCUGCCAAGUUCUGGAAGCAGAGACAUUUAAAUGUGUUUCCUGUAACAGGCUUGGGCAGCAUUCAUGCCUGCGUUGUAAGGCAUGUUUUUGUGAUGAUCAUGUGCGAAGUAAGGUUUUCAAGCAGGAAAAAGGAAAAGAGCCUCCCUGCCCUAAAUGUGGCCAUGAAACUCAGCAGACAAAGGAUCUCAGCAUGUCAACACGCUCUUUGAAAUUUGGCCGACAGACUGGAGGUGAAGAUGCAGAUGGAGCUUCUGGUUAUGAUGCCUACUGGAAGAGCCUCUCCUCCAGCAAAGCUGGAGAAGCAGGUGACCGUGAGGAUGAGUAUGAUGAAUAUGAAGCAGAAGAUGAUGAUGAAGAUGAUGUUGAUGAGGGAGGGAAGGAUUCAGAUACUGACACCACAGAUGUAUUCAGCAAUUUGAAUUUAGGAAGGACCUAUGCUAGUGGGUAUGCACAUUAUGAGGAAUCGGAAGAUUAAGCUUAGUAUGCUGGCAACUAAAAAAACUUGGAAGGAGCCAAGCAGUGCUUCACUUGAAUGAUGUACAUGCCAGUAGGAUAGUUCUAUCAGGUACUUCCGUAUCAGAGUUAGAGAGUAAAGAGUAUGGAACUUCUGCAGUAACUCCAAGUGAGGUUUGGGGUUUGUUGUUUUUUUUUGUAUAAACCAAUAUUGAGUUUGGGACUGGGGAAGAAGACAAAAAUAUUUUUAUUCCGCUAAGCAGUGAAGCGGUUUUGUUCUUGAAUUACUGAGUAUAAUGGUUCAAUGCCAUUUUCUCCUAUCAACACAGGAAUGUGGGAGAGCUGUACAACUUGUUUCUAUUUGCUCAUUAGAAAAUAAGUUAUUUUUUACAAUAAUUUUGUUAACUGAUUUCAUAAAAUUAAUGUAGUGGUGUGUUGGUGACUGCAUUUUUUUGUUGUCUGCACAGUAAAAGUCAACUGCAUUCUUUAAUGAAUUGUCAUAAAUAUUGAUCUCCCUUGAAUAAUUGGAAAGCAGGUUGUAUACAAAGCGUAAAUUGACACUAAAAUAACUUGUUUAUAUAGGUAAGGCAGAUCAAUGUCGUUCUCUAUGUACUUGACCAUUACCUUUCCAGCAUUUUUAGUAUUGGAUAUUAAUCAGUGAGGCUAUAUGCAGUCAUUACAAGUGCACCCUGGAUAAUAAAAAAAUUUAUUGCAAUAAAAAUGUUGGUGCAUCCUC